GAAGAAUCAUUUGUACUGUACACCGCACUGCUUCAUUUGAGGUUAUCCUGAAAGGUGUCGCCUGCAUAAUGCCAAAGGCAAUGAGCGAGCAGCAGGAGCUUAGUGAGGACAUCAGCUUCCUGGCCUUCCAGAAUGAGGGGGAGCCCACCAAGGAGGGAGAGAGCCAGACCCUCCCUCAGUGCAGGGUUCAGGAGAUCGAGACUAUGCCCUAUGACGAUGUGAAGAAAUGUUAUAGAGGAUCAACGGUGAAUAAGUACAACUCCCAGUACCACAAGCUGUUCCAGAGUGUGCCCCAAGAAGAGAUUCUGAUGAAAGUGUACUCGUGCGCGCUCCUCAGAGACAUACUUCUACAAGGACGCCUUUAUAUCUCCAAGAACUGGCUGUGUUUCUAUGCCAACUUCUUUGGGAAAGACAUCAAGGUGGCUAUCCCUGUGGUGUCCGUACGGCUGGUGAAGAAGCACAAAACAGCGGGGUUGGUUCCCAAUGGGCUCGCCAUCACCACUGACACCAGUCAAAAGUACGUGUUCGUGUCACUUCUGUCUCGGGACAGUGUUUAUGAUGUGUUGAGAAGGGUCUGCACUCACCUGCAGGUUAAUGGCAAAAAGAGCCUGAGCCUCAAGCAGUACACUGAGGAGCCCAGUUCCUUAUCCCUGGACGAGUUCCCUGUUCCUGACGAGUACCCCCCGGUCUUGAAGUGGAGGCGGAAAACCUCCACAGCCUCUGUGUCCUCCUCCCUUCCCGACCUCCUGGGCAACUCCACCAGCAGCCUGAGCACUGUGGACGCCUCCUUCCCAGCCAGCGAGCCCCUGGAAGAUAGAGGCUUGGAGAGUGAGAAGAUACUGUUGACAGAGCCUGUUCCUGAACUUGGACAGAUGGAAUACCAGCUUCUCAAAUUCUUCAUCUUGCUAAUCAUUCUGCUCAUCCUGUCUUCCUGUUACCUGGCAUUCAGAGUAUCCAGUCUGGAACAGCAGCUUUCCUUCCUAAACACUAAUCCCGUCUUUCCCAUGAGUGAGAGGUAACCUCUUCUCUGGGCAGCGUCUACAUAGGAAGAUGUUUCUGGGACAAUCCUGUCUGUCACUGCCUCAAGAAUUAAAGAACGGACUUAUUUAUUUACAUUUUUAUGGAAUCUAGGUCGUGAUGAAAUGCGGUUAUUUAUUUUAAAAAUCCAGCUGCCAGAGGAGCAGGGAUUCCCAGCCUGGAUUCUCCCAGCUCCACUCUCGGACACUACAGCUCUGUCCUGGAGGCACAGUAGAAUUUCAACCCCCCCAUCAGGAGAUAAAGUAAUAGAUAUAAGUCACGGACAUGCAUUUCAGCAUCUGUAGCCAUCUGUAGCAUCUGUCUUGGGGUGUUACAAGAUGCAUUGGGGUUUCAGCAUUAAGACAAUGAAGUGGAAGAAUGUCAGAGCAAUGCUGUAUUUUUCGAGACCUGAAAGGUUUACAUUACAGGCAGAGGAUAAGAGACUUUGCCGACUGAAACUCCAAUGCAAGCCUUGAAAAAAGAAUGAGGAAGCAUCCUUACCAUUUCAAUUCAACCAUUAUUAUUAAUCGAGUUUACACCUUUUUCACCCCAUUUUCCUAAUUUUCUUACUUUUUGAUCACUAGUGCUCACCGUUCUUCUCAUAUUAUAAUGUUCACCUUUUUCCUUGGAUAACACCUCUCUCCUUAUCUCUCCUAUCACAAGUUAUCUCUGCUGUCUGGCCCAGCUUGACUCCCCACAGGUGCAGGUUACACAUCCUGCUGUGACAGUUACGUUUUUUCAGAGCUCUCAGGGGACUGCACCUGCCUGAGUUGGUUUCUGCUUAUCCCUGGGCUUAAAAACCGACCGCAGUAUCCUUUCCUGCCCAGCAGAAACAAAUGAAACUGGACUCUUUACCUUCUCUUCGUCUUGACAAUCAGUCCAGUGGCAAAACUGGAUGGAAAAACAAGUGCAAUUUCUGGACUUGGACUAAGUCUGUGCAGGAAGACUUCCUCAAUCUUUCAGGUCUUCAUGCUGAAUCUCAUUUGCAUGGUAGACAUGGAGCCCUGUAUUGAAUAGACAAGCUGGACCUGAAACUUAAAUUGCUGCUCGAACUCAGAUUGAAAUCGAUCGCAAGAAACUUAACGUGACAGCAAAGUCUUCUGGCACAAAUUGGUUGUCGGUGCCUGCUGUAGGCAGACCCUUAAGAAGCAUUUCAAAAGUUGUCAGAAGAUGCUGUGUUUGUACUAGCCAAAACAAGGCUACAGCAGAUUUUAAAUGGCUAAAUUGUAGUCAAUUGCUUACCACGGUUGUUAUCUUGUGUGAGUUCUCCUACUGUAAUCUAGGAGAAAGUACUGUGAAUGCAACACUCUAAAGGGUCGACAAUGUAGUAAUUAAGGAGCUGUUAAUGUUGCAAAAUGGUGAGAUUGAGAAUGAGAGAUCAGCUUAGAGGAGAAAAUUCUGCAACCACAUUUUUCAAUGUUAUUUUUUUCCCCAUAGAUAUUUAUUUUCCCUAUCAGGAACGAAUUUACCAGAUAUGCCAACCCUGUGAAAACUCUACAGUACGUGACAAUUCUGAGCUGCCAUCUAGCUGUCCAGUAAAAUGCACUUUAUACCACCCCUUCUCCUAAUGUUGUCACCCAAAAUGACUGAAAUUGGCUGCAUUUGAGCCCUUUUCACAUUACUCCAGACAGAAAUUUAAAACUGUAACUGAACAAAGAAAAAUGUGGUGUUGGGAAGCUCUAUUUCUGUCAAAGUGUCCAGUGUGCUGUGAGAAAGUAAAUGUAAAGUAAAUGAAAUUUCAAUGUUAAACAUUUCAGUCUAAAUGUGGGAGCACAAUCAGAAGGAAAUUUUGAAGUUCUGGUUUGGACAUGAGUCAUACAGUACAUUUACAAGAUGUGUUCAGGAUCUACUUUUGUACACUUUUGUAAUGAAACAAGGCACUUAUUGUACAGGGGAUCAGAUUGGAGCUCACCCGACUCUUUGCAGUCAUUAGCUUUAUAAGCAACAGGCUUGUAGAACUGUACUAUAUAUUAACUAAAAUCACAGAUGACUGUGAAACAUGUGUGACUAAUAAACAGCCUUUUAUCCAUCA